UAAUUCUGCAAAUUUUGCUAUAUACAAACCGAACUUUCUGCUAUACGAUCGACUGUUGCUUAGGUUAUUGAUUUCUAUGUUAUGAUAUAUGUUUAAUAAAAAUUGAUAUCUCUCUCUCACACAAUAUUUGACAAUAUCUUAAAUAAGUUGAAAAACUCAGCUAGAGUAUGGCUGAUGCUGAUCCACAAUUGAAAUGCCUUUUACUUCCUGCUGAAGAAACGCUCUUUGAACAGAUGUUAACAUUUGGACUUUAUGUGGGAGCAAUAUUUCAAGUUAUAUGCAUAUUAGCUAUAGUCGUUUAUCAAGCAGGUAGAUCUGAUGGAGCUGCUGCAUUAAAAGAUGAUCCAAGUGAUGUUGAAUGUUCAGAAAAUAGUCCACAAGUUACUCCAAGGAAACCUCAUCGGCCACGAAAGCAAGAAAAAAAGAAGAGACGUUAAAACGAUGAGAAAAGAAAAAUAUACUAUUUGCCUUCCAUACAUAAAUGUGAAAUGCAAGUCCAUUAAAUGUUCAAUAUAAAUAUUCCAAUAUUUUUAAGGACUCUUUUUAACAUUUAUCUAUUAUAUAAUUGAUAUUAAUCUUUCACAUAAGUAUUAUAGAAAUUGUAGAAAUUAUUUUAGAUACUUUAAGUUGACAUUUAUACUGAUUUUUUUAGAAUUAUAUAAUUGUAAUAAGAAUUUAAUAAAAAAUAGAGAUUGAAAAGACA